CUUGCGCGUGCCUACUUUCUUUUUAACCAUCACAUGUACAGUAUUUCAACUAAGUGGUGUUCUUUGAGCGACAGCUGUUACAUGUUCAUUGGAAGGUCACUAAGGUGCAAUACAACUUUCUUUUGCAGACGGUGUUAUGACAUACAUUACACUUUAGAUGGCCAUGGAUCAAAGUGGGUCUACAGAAUUCCAGUUUUACCACACUUUGAUAUUGAGUAUGGUGGCCUGAAGAAAACAUGACAUCCAGAAAGCGACGUCAACUUCCUGACUGGUUGGCAAUGUGUAAAGUACAGAAAUCAGACACAGAGAAUGAAGUGUUAGACAGUGCAGCGUCAGUAAAUAACAAGGCAGGGAACUCGGUGCAUAAGGAUGAAAACUCCAUACAAAUCAGUUCAACUUCAGCACAAGGUGGACCAGGUACUAAAAUGAGUAAAUUUGAUAAUACAGUGUCGAAAUGUAACAGCAAGGAAGAAAGGCAGUGUUUAGCUGCGGCAGAGUUCCAGAAAAGAAUGGAUGAUUUUCUACCAGAGAUGUUAUUCACUGGUACACUAACUUACUCCUCCCACAAAAACGACUGUAAUGCACUGUGUGAGGAGAUAGAGUCAAGUGUGACGGGAGAAUUGAAUUUCCUGGGCUUUGACAUGGAGUGGCCAGUUACCUAUAGGCAGGGACAACAGGACCCAACUGCUGUAGUUCAGCUGUGUACAGGACCUGAGCGAUGCUACCUGUUUCAUCUGUCUACCAUGCAAUGUAUACCUCCACAACUUAACAGACUUCUGAAGAACAGCAACAUCAAGAAGGUGGGUGUUGGAAUUGAGUCGGAUCUGUGGAAGCUGGAGAGAGACUUUGAUAUACAGGUACAACCAAUUAUCAAAAACUCCAUGGUGGAUCUAGCACUGUUCGCAAACAGUGUGCUGAAAACAUCAGAGAAUUGGAGUUUGGAUGGUUUAACACGUCAUCUGUUUAAACAAAAAAUUAAUAAAACCCCUGAGAUUAGAAAGAGUGACUGGUCCCGGUAUCCUCUCUCGGAGGCCCAGAAGAAGUAUGCAGCCACUGAUGCCUAUGUUAGUUACGAGAUAUACCAGAGGCUGUUAAACCUUCAUAAAAAUUGAUUUUUUUUUAGCUCACCUGCCCGAAGGCAAGUAAAUGGAGUUCACCGUUUCGUCCGUCGUCUGUCCGUCAACUUUCCUUUAAAAACACUACUUGUCCUGAACGGCCCAGUGGAUUUGGACUAA